CGGAUUUUUAUUCGGGAUGUUUAAACUAACUACUUCCUUCUUCGUAAAUCACUGCAGCGUUUCCUCAUUCUCAGAGUCAAAACAGCACUCUGACUGAAGUCAAAGGGGGGUAAAGCUUAUCAGUGCAGAUUUAUAGACCAAUAUUCAUCUCAGACUAAAGACUCACCUGAAUCCAUCACUGCAUUGAGACAUGCACAAGGAAAUAACAAGGAACAAAACGUUCUCAGGACCAAAGUGAAGUGUUUAUUCAACGCUAAUGACAGACAGAAGUCAAGUGGGCCAAAGCUAAACCAAACCAAGGUCAGAAGCAGCACAGACAUUUAGCUGGACAAUGUCUGUGCCAACCAGAGUUGUCCACAAGAGGAGGGCGACUAUCACAGAUCUUCCUCUCUACUACUCUGGAUACCUGCUGAAGAAACUCACCAAAGAGAAGGAUUUUAAGAAAUACUAUGGAGAGCUCCGUGGAGCCACACUCUUUCUGUACAAAAAUGACACAGAGGAUACAUACACAGAGAAGCUGGACCUGGAGAAGCUGAAGUCCAUGGUGUUAGAUUCUCCGUAUCAGAGGAAGGAACCAACUAUUUUCACUCUCACCCUGGACACAGAGGAGGUGCAGCUAAAGAUGGACAACUCUGACACAGGAGAGGAGUGGAGGGGUUACAUCCUGACUGUGGUCAAAAAAAAAAUUCCCAGUAGGCUGCAGCUGCUGCCUGGCCAGAUGUUACUACUGCAGGAGGCUCUGGAUCAGGAGAGGAAAAGAAAGCCCCCCAUAGUACGCCCACCCCUCCCACCCCGACCAUCCUUCCUCCCCUCACCCUCAGCCUCACCCAUCCCUCCACUGCCCAAAGACAAGCCUGGCCACAGCGCCCCUGGCAUGCCUGAAUGUUUCUAUAGAGUGACUCGGCAGGAGGCUGAGCAAAUGUUGGAGGCAAACCCCGAGUAUGGAGGCAUCAUCCUCCGCCCGUCCACUCUGGCCAACAACUACGCCCUGACUCUCAGACAACUGACGCCCAGUGGGCCCGUCAUGAAGAACUACAGAGUGGCCUCCACAAACUCAGGGUUUGUCAUUGAACUGGACACAGCAGUGAUGGUCUCCUCCUUGAAUGAUGUACUUAAAUACUUCCUUGAAAAGACAGAGUACCGUCUUCAUCCCUACAUGCCAUCUCAGCCCUACGACACUUGCAUCGAUGUGUCACCUGCUCCAAAGUGUGUCAGCAUCACCUCACCUACACCUAAAACAGUACCUAAGGCACAAGUGGCACCUACGCUGCGUUCACAGAACAAAGAAGAGCUUCUACUGCCUCCAACCAAGGAGGAGGGUGAAUACGUGAUUCCUGAUGAUCAGUGUCCUGAUCACAACCUAAGGCUAGUUCAGUUAGAUGGAGAACUUCGGGAUGUUUUAAAGUUUCGGAGGGAAAACUUGUACACUGCAUCUGACAAGGAGGAAGUCACCACAUAUGAGAAUCAAACCACAGGAAACUCCACAUCAGGCACCGCACAAUGGGCCACGAGGAGUGCAGCAGUGUGAGGCAUCUAGGCCUACUGUUGUUGCUCAGUAAGUCUGCUCAUUUAAUAUUUAACUUUUAACAUAACAUGUUGCCUGGUGGAUUUGAUAAACUGCUGCAACCUUAAGUGUCUUUCAGAAAUGCACUGGACAAAACUAGAAAUGUGGGGCCGUUAAAUUAAAUCUCUUAAAGUGGGGGUCUCAAACUCAAAGUAUCUGGAUUGUUCUCUCUCUUCUGUUUGUCUCUUAGUUUAGUGUGUUAGAAUGCUAAUUUGCUAAUCAGCACUAAACACAAAGUACAGCUAAGGCAGAUGGAAAUGUCCUUACUUUUGCUAAUAUUUAGUCGUAAUCCAAAGUAUUGUCUGGACAAUCUAAAGAUGGAAAAUCAGUGGAUUGAAAUGAUUACAAUUCAUUCUUUGUGGAACAUGAAUGUCUGUACCAAAUGUCUCAGCAAUCCAUCCAAUAGUUGUUUAGAUAUAACAAUAAAAAAAA